UUUACUGAAGACAUCAGCUGUGAAUGUGAAAGAAAUCAUCGAUCAAAAUGUUCAGCACUAGAAGGUUGAAGAAAAAGUCCCAGUCUGUGGAUAUUUCAUCACCGGGGUACAAUCCUCUGUCUGAUAUACCAGCUCCACAAACCAGUAGACUGCCACCUAUUACCAAGACCAUUUCUGAGGAAGAGCACAAUAACACUGCUAACACUCAAAAACGCAAUCCAAGGAGAGGAGACCUUAGGAGAGGCUACACCAUCGAUACCGGACAGAAGAAGAGCCUGGAGAAGAAAGAUGUGCGGAGAAUGUCCUUUCAGAAGCCCAGAGGCAGCAUGGAGUACACGGUGGAGUCGAGAGAUUCAUUAAACAGCAUCGCCCUGAAGUUUGAUACAACUCCCAAUGAGCUGGUGCAGCUUAAUAAACUCUUCUCAAGAGCUGUCGUUCCUGGUCAGGUUUUGUAUGUACCUGACCCCGACUACAUCUCUAGUGUGGAGAGCUCCCCGUCUCUUAGUCCCAUAAGUCCUUUGUCACCAGCCUCUUCAGAAAUUGAAUUUGAGAAGAGUACAGACCCUGAUCAUACUCGCCAAAGAGGGUCCACGUCCUCCCCCGCGCAUUCCGCGGUCCGUCCAUCCCGAGUCGUGUCGUCCACAUCUGAAGAAGAAGAGGCAUUUACCGAGAAGUUUCUUAAAAUCAACUGCAAGUACAUAACAGAUGGGAAGGGAACAGUCAGCGGGGUUCUGCUGGUCACCCCAAAUAAUAUAAUGUUUGACCCUCAUAAGACCGAUCCGUUGGUGCAAGAGAAUGGCUGCGAGGAGUAUGGCAUCAUGUGCCCGAUGGAAGAGGUGACGUCUGCCGCCAUGUACAAAGACAUCGUGAACAGCAAACUCAAGGAUUCAAUCCCUGUAGAUCUGGAACAGCUGUCCUGUAUGAGAGAAUUCUGCCACUUUAAGAAAGCCUCCCAAGGAAACGAAAUGAAUCCAAAGAUGUGGGAUACAGGGAAUGACAGCGCCAGCACGGCCCCCCGCAGCACGGAGGAGUCUCUUUCCGAGGACGUGUUUACAGAAUCCGAGCUUUCUCCCAUCCGAGAAGAACUUCUGUCUUCUGACGAACUCAGACAAGAUAAAUCAUCGGGGGCCUCGUCGGAGUCCGUGCAGACAAUAAACCAAAGCAUUUCAGAAUGCUGUCCGGCUCACCUUUCAGACUCUUCUGAGGCUUUACAUGGCGUCAAAGACGGUCUUGGAGCCUCUGGAAACGACAGUGGAAUCGUUUCUAACGCCAAUGACCUGGAACAGAGCGAAACGUCUUUAAUCCUUGAUAAGGUCUCCGAUGGGGAGUCUACUGAAUCCAGCGCAACGGUGACUCAAAGCAACAAAGAUGAGGACGAUGCCCAAGCCGGCCGUGAAGUGGAACGGGGUUCUCACGGCAUGGAGCGGGACCUCGAUCAGGAAAGUGCGAGUGGCCAGGCGCCCGAGGCCUACGCGGAUGAGCCUUCUGUGAAAUGCACGGGGGAUCCGGAAACGGAGGUGGAAGAGCUGCGGAAGCUCUGGAAAAACCUCACAAUGCAACAAGCCAAGCAGCAAAGGGAUGACAUGCAGCAGGCCACCCAGAAAGAGACCCAGCAUAAGAUAUCCGCCCCGGAGACCCACUCUGAAGGAGUUUAUUCAGCUGUUGCCAAAGAAAAGAGAAGACAUCGAUCCCACCGAUAUUUAUGUUUAAGGGUCGGGAAGCCAAUGAGGAAAACCUUUGUGUCCCAAGCAAGCGCGUCCAUGCAGCAGUAUGCCCAGAGAGACAAGCUGGAGUACUGGUUCGCUGUUCCUCAUGAAAGGACGGAUCACCUGUAUUCCUUUUUCAUUCAGUGGAGUCCGGAUAUUUAUGCCGAAGAAAUCGGGGAAUCGUCGAGAGAGCCGGGGUUUGUAGUAGUCAAGAAGAACGAGGAGGAGGAAGGUUUGGAGUGUUCUGCCAACGACUCGGCCACAAGAUUAUGGGAGGUAGUAUCUGUGGCCGAGUAUCACCGCAGGAUCGAUGCUUUAAAUACUGAGGAGCUGCGUACUCUCUGCAGACGUCUCAAGAUCACAACCAGGGAAGACGUGAACCCAAAGCAGGCCGCAAGCAUUAGGACCGAACUGGAACCGGAAACCUUUCGGCCGCAUCUCAGUGAUCCCAGUCAACUCCUGCAGGUUGAUCAGAUUGAGAAGAUGACCAAGCACCUUCCUCCUCGAACUAUCGGUUAUCCGUGGACUCUUGUCUACAGCACAGCCAAGCAUGGAAUGAGUUUGAAAACCCUGUAUAGAACAAUGCUGGGACUGGACACCCCGGUGCUCCUGGUGAUUAAAGACAGCGAUUCACAGGUAUUUGGUGCUUUGGCAUCUGAACCAUUCAAAGUGAGUGACUGUUUUUAUGGCACCGGAGAGACCUUUUUAUUCACGUUCUGCCCGGAGUUUGAGGUCUUUAAAUGGACUGGCGACAAUAUGUUCUUUAUUAAAGGGGAUAUGGACGCAUUAGCUUUUGGUGGCGGAGGAGGAGAAUUUGCACUUUGGCUGGACGGAGAUCUUUAUCACGGGAGAAGUCACGCUUGCAAAACAUUUGGAAAUUCUAUUCUUUCAAAGAAAGAGGAUUUCAUUGUUCAAGACAUUGAAAUUUGGGCAUUUGAAUGAAGAUGUAAAUAUAACCGGGGGAAAUGUAUUUAAAGGAGUAUUUCCUCAUCCCUGGACAGGUCUGAAAUGCUCCACUGCAGCUUAUUAAUAUUAUUAUUACCUUUAUAUUAUAUUUGUAUUUUUGUUAAUACUUUACCAUAGUUAUUUUUUAUUUCUAGGAGACAAUACUGAGUGACGCGCUAACUUGACUAAUCUAAUGAAUGUUAUAUAUUGUCACUUUCUCGGUCAUCUGCUCAUAUACACACUUAGAGAUACACAUAUCUUCGUUAAAGACAAUAAGCGUUUCUUCACCCCGGAGGCUGCAAGCUUUGGAGCAAAUUCUACUCUUUUUGAAGAAUACUUACCAAAAGAGGGAACAUUCAAAAAAAAAUGUGAAUCGGAAUAUAUAAGGGACUGCAUCGAUUAGGUGGCAUUAUCUUUUGUUGAAUUAAGCUCAAGAUGAAACAUGCCGAGAAAAAAUAAUAUAUUAAAAAAAUAAAUAAAAAUAAAAAAACUAAUGUAGUUUUGUACUAAGUAAGAUAUAUGUUGUACAUUAUUACCUAAUCGCACACCAUGACUGAUGUGAAUUAUAAGUAGAUGAUAUUGUAACCUGUAUUUGUGGACUAUUCAGACUGUCAUGUGACCUCCGAAAAUAAGAAAAUAAGUCUGUAGGUUAUAUCCGUAUCUGUUUUUGUAGGGAAAUAAGCCUUUUGUGCAAUAAUUGCUCCGCAAAAUUACUUUGAAUUACAGAGCUUGUAUCUAUGUUAAGCGAGUAAAUUGCGGUAAUAAAUGUGACAGUUAUCUCUGUGUUGAAGAUUCAGCCGUUCAACAAGUAUGUAUAUUAUUUUUGUAAAUUAAUGUUGAAAAGUAAAGAUGUUCUUAUAGAAAAGUAUUGACUGACGGGUUGCUUAUAGCACUUUAAAUUAUUUUCAGAACCGGAGUAAAAAAAAAAAAAAAAAAAAAAAAAAAGCCAGAAAUGGCUUUUAUAGACUUAGAUGUAUAGCACAUGAAUAUCUUUGAAAAAAAAUACAAAAAAGUAAAUAUAUAUAUAUAUAUAUAUAUAAAUAAAUAUACUGCUUUGGUAACAAAGGGAAGGCAUUCUAUACCAUGCUAAUGCUAAAUGUGAAUAGGGCAUAAAAUAAACCUCUUCGGUGUACAUAGCGCUCCGCUCCUGUUAGUAUAGGUCUGUAGAUUCAAUGUUUACGAAUGAAUGUGUAAAUACAUUAGAAACGGCAUUCCUUCCCUUUGGUAUUCCACAGCGCUAUUAUUGUCUUUGUGGAUUUAAGACUAUUACUAAUCCUGUAAUGGAUUCUAAGUACUAUAAGGUCAUAGUGAUAUAAUUAUAAAUAUAUGUAUAAAUAUAUAUAGAAAAUAAAAUACAUGUACAAUA